AUCUAAAUUUAAAUUCUCUUUGAUUACACCCUUCAUUGUUAUGUAUAGUGUUACUUGAAUUAAUUUACAAUAUGUAUUACUACUGUUUGGCCUAUAAAUAAUUAUCAUAGCACAAACCUGUUUAUAAGGCUAUGGAAUCCUCAACGCGUCACCCUUUGGACCCACGGAGUAAUGUUGCCAAAUUGGGAGGCUAUAACCCUCUCGAGUAUGUACUCGAUGAUGUUUCUUUAACUGUUAAAACGGAUGAGAGUUUGACUCCAAACAGACCUCCAUGUUUAACUCAACAAACUGUAGGAAAAUUUCUUCAGCCAUUGACAAGGGAAUUAAACGAAAUUCCUCUAAGGCCAACUAUUGACGAACUCCCAAAUGCUGUCAUAGAUAAAAUGGUGGAAAUGGAUAAGGCCUUCUGGGUUGAUAAGCCUGGUGCAAAUGCAUAUAAUCUUCAUGAUGCCUACAUGAAAUCUGGAAUGACAUCUGAGAAGAUAUUACCUCAUCAUCAAGAUGUAUUUCCAAGGUCUUAUCAGUAUGAUCUGGAUUGUGUUAAGUACAGGCGUGAACAUGCAUGUGAUGCAUUUAACAGAGACGGAGGUGAAUCAAAGGACCAAUCUGGAAUGCCAUGUCAAAGUUGUGAGAAAUCAUCCGAUCCAAAACGACCCACCGUGGCGUCCAGCGAAAACUCAAACCAGAAACGUUGGCGAUACUAUCCUGAUGUUUCAGCAACAUUGACGCCAAAUGAAAUUCAAGAUUUAAUGAAUAAACUUGGACGACCAUAUCAGAAUGAAGCUUGCAACUGGUACUAUGAAAAUUAUCCUCCCGUGAAGUACAAUUGUAUUUUAAGAAAGUUUUCUAAAUAGUGUCUGACUAUUCAAUAUCUAACUCGUAAUUUCCCAGCUGUGUUAACUAUUUCACAAAUUUUCAUAUAUUAAAGUCCCACAAAUUUAUCGCGUGGUAUUCCAAAUAUUUUGUAAUUUGCUGCUGACGGUGACUCCUUUUAACCUUUUUUGAUCUUCUUUUUUAAAUUAAUAAACAUUAACAAAUCCUUUUUAA